AUGGCCACCGCAGGCGAUCUGCAACUACCCGGGGAUCCGUCUCAGCAAUCUACAACGUCCUUACCACACCUGGCGAGAAAUCAAGAACCGGUGGACAUUAUCUUAACACAUGCCACCUCCCAGGACGAAAGCGGAGGUUCAAGCCCAGAAGCAAAAGGAAAAGUGCUAUCGGUCCUGCAAAGAACUUGGCUGACUACGACUCGGCGCAUCGAACAGCUAGCUCAAUCUUACAAUGAAUUACUGGAAGAAUUCUCAUCAAAGGAGCUUCGAAGUAUAGGGAACUAUACGCUCGGGAGAUUGAUCGGAAAGGGUUCCUUUGGCAAAGUCUACCUUGCCACACAUAAGCUCACAAAUGGCUCUAAGGUUGUUCUAAAAUCGUCUGACAAAGGCGAUACGAACCUGGCUCGCGAGAUUCACCACCAUCGUCAAUUUCUCCACCCUCAUAUCGCUCGUCUCUAUGAGGUUAUUGUAACAGAAAAGCUAGUGUGGCUGGUUCUGGAAUACUGCCCAGGCGAUGAGCUCUACAACUAUCUGCUUCGCCAUGGCCCGCUACCUAUUGAUAAGGUCAAAAAGAUUUUCGCACAGCUCGUUGGUGCAGUUGCUUAUGUUCACAGCAAGUCGUGCGUACACCGGGAUUUGAAGCUGGAGAACAUCCUUCUCGACAAACAUGAGAAUGUCAAGUUGUGCGACUUUGGAUUCACACGCGAUGCCCCCGAAAUGUUAAAGGGCGAGAAGUACGCCGGCGAAAAAGUAGACGUGUGGAGCUUAGGUAUCAUUCUCUAUGCCUUGAUGGCGGGGGAACUCCCGUUCGACGAAGACGACGACCUUGUCACCAAAGCGCGGAUCCUUAAAGAGGACCCUGUCCUCAAUGACAAAUUCCCUGACGAUGCGAAGGCCCUCAUCAGCCUUCUCUUAUCGAAGCGACCGUUGAUCCGGCCUAGCCUUGGGGAAAUAUUAGCGCAUCCGUUCCUUGCCGAGCAUGUGUCGGAGCAGCUGGCGAUACUGAAAAUCCCACGUCCCCCGGCGUUUUCAACAUCCUUAGAGAAAACCACCCUACAACGGAUGAAAAGUGCAGGCGUCAAUAUCGAUGAGGUGGUGGAGAAUGUCCUCUCUCAACGAUGCGAUCCUCUUGCUGGCUGGUGGGCACUGCUGAUUGAAAAGGAGCAGCGUAAGGAGCAGAAGCGAGAACGGAAGCGGAGAGAGAGAGAAGCGGAGGCAAAGAACCUUCGCCGUCUGAGUGUAGCAAGUAGCCGGCUGGAGAAGAGGUCGUCAGCACUUGUCGAGGUUGAUGAAGAAGGACAUGCUUCUGCAAAUGUGCCAUUACAAGAGCGAGGCCGGAGAGACAGACGCAGCUUACCUUCGCAACUUGCCCCACCCGAGCUACCAAUCCUACCAGAGCCAGCCCCUGGGCAAUCUCCUGAUUCCAGCACCCCCCCUCCUCCCAUUGACAAAGACUCGAUUCGUUCUGCCAGUUCUACUCGACGGCGCCCAUUGCCCCCCCCUAAGGAUCGGAGACGCUCAAGACCAAGCACGUUGCACGUGAGCGCAUCCCAGCCUGAGCUAACGCAGCACAAUGGGAUCUUCAGGCGUCGUACCGGUCGCCGUCAGUAUCCGAUCAUCAGCCAGCUAGCAUCUUUGAAACAUUGGUUUGUGGAGUCUGCAAAACGAGCCAAGUCACCUCACACGAAAGCUACUGGCGGACCUGGACAUCGUAAGUUUCUCUCAGAUAAACUGAGUCCUGCAAAAGGACAGGAAGCCGGGAGAAAACCGGCCCUAACCUCUUCGACUAUUGCCAAUCGAGGUGACAUAUCAACACCGACGCAAGUGAAGCGUGCAUCCAAUGCCAGCAGCCUGGCCCCGAGCAGCGCUUCAUAUCGCAACCACCGCCAUUCAUAUCCUCGCCAACCUCGUCCACUGAGCACCAGUAACCCUCACCACCGAAAUUCUUUGUCACCCUCUCCGAUCACGCCAAGGGGCUCCUACAGACGAUCCUCUGCUGGUUUACGUGGCCGCAAGUCUACAUCCUCUUCCGUAUCUUCUAUCCGAAGCAUCCACCAUACUCACACCCAUUCGAAGGCGUCGUCUGUCUCAUCGAAUAGCAUCGGAUCAACGUCUACUCCAACAGCUCGAGUCUCAAAAUCGCCACACACUUCCGUCAAAGUGCUUCCCACUACUCCAGGUGCUUCCUCCCGUUUCCCCAGCAACAUUCGCUUGGUACGAGGUAUAAACACUGGAUACCGUGAAGUGGAUGAACCUAAUGGGAGAACCAACUCAACGUUCAAUGAGGCGGCGCCAGGACCGUUUCUAUACUCUCCAUCAUCCAGCCUUGUUUUCGCCCGUCGGAAGAAGUUGGCAUUCAAAGGCCCUAUGUCUCACACGGCCAAUUUAAUGAUCUCUAGUGGCAUCUCCGCACCGGAAUUUCCCCGCAAUGACAUUGGGACGCCAGAACCUGUUUCAGGUGCAGCUCGGCCUGCAACGAGGAAAAGUCAAAUUAUUGAAGAAGAGGAAGACUUAGAAGGUGAUGAAGAUAUUGAAGAAGUGGACACAUUUACGGGGACUGAGGAGGAGCCUGGGUCACCCACUGAUGUGGUAAACUCGGAGGAUCACAUGAGGGCAGUCAGUGCUACAGACUCCCCUGGACUGUCCCAUAAGCCUGUUCUUGCUCCUGCUCUUGAUCUUGAUGCAGGCCCAAUGCGUCCUCCCCGUUUCUCGUCGCUUAAAGCCUCAAAAUUGGAGGCAGCUGCCGAGUCGAAGCCGUAUGGUGCCAAGGACAGCAACGUUGCCGUUGACGUCUCGCCGAAAUCGGUGGCAUCUAAUAAGCCAGGUCUGCCUUGA